GUUGGAGUCACGGUGCGGGCCUGCGGCGGACGCCCAUGAUGGAGAAGGCUGGGCGUGAGGGUGACGGCGCCCCCUGCGGGCCCGUCCUGCACAUCGUGGUGGUCGGCUUUCACCACAAGAAGGGCUGCCAGGUUGAAUUCUCUUACCCACCACUGAUUCCAGGAGAUGGACAUGACAGCCACACUUUACCCGAAGAAUGGAAAUAUUUGCCUUUCCUUGCCUUACCAGAUGGUGCACAUAACUAUCAGGAAGAUACUGUGUUUUUUCACUUGCCACCCAGAAAUGGAAAUGGAGCCACAGUAUAUGGUAUCUCUUGCUAUCGACAAAUUGAAGCCAAGGCAUUAAAAGUAAGGCAAGCCGACAUCACCAGAGAGACUGUUCAGAAAAGUGUCUGUGUUUUGAGCAAGCUGCCUCUUUAUGGCUUACUUCAAGCAAAAUUGCAACUCAUUACACAUGCAUAUUUUGAAGAGAAAGAUUUUUCCCAAAUUUCUAUUCUAAAGGAGCUCUAUGAGCAUAUGAACAGUUCCUUAGGAGGGGCCUCAUUGGAAGGAUCGCAGGUGUAUCUUGGUCUGUCUCCUCGAGAUCUUGUUCUUCAUUUUCGACACAAGGUCUUGAUCCUGUUUAAGCUAAUUCUUCUUGAAAAAAAGGUUCUUUUUUACAUUUCUCCAGUGAAUAGAUUGGUGGGUGCACUAAUGACCGUGUUAUCCCUUUUUCCAGGCAUGAUUGAACAUGGCCUCAGUGACUGUUCUCAGUAUAGACCCCGAAAGAGUAUGUCUGAAGACAUUGGGCUUCAGGAAAGUAAUCCCCCUGCAAAUGAUUUUAUUUCUGAGUCCACUUCUGACAUUUCAAACACCAGCUUGGGAACUGUCACGAAAAUCACUUCAGGAAACACUGUCCUCCAGAUGGAGCAGCCUUGCUUCCAAGUAGAAGAUAACAACAACAGAGAACAAGAACCCAGUGACACUGUCUGCUAUUUGAAACCUCCACCUCGUCCGUCUCCAGAGUCUUCAGAAAGUGACUGGGAAACUUUGGAUCCUAGUGUUUUAGAGGACUCCUCCUUGAAAGAAAGGGAACAGAUAGGGUCAGACCAAACAAACUUAUUUCAGAAAGACUCUGUGCCCUCAGACAGUUUUCCAAUUACUGUACAACCUCAAGCUAACACCAGGCAGGUGGUCCUGAUACCAGGACUCAUUUCUGGUUUGGAAGAGGACCAAUAUGGCAUGCCUCUGGCCAUCUUUACAAAGGGAUAUCUGUGCUUGCCUUACAUGGCACUGCAGCAGCAUCACCUUCUCUCUGACGUCACCGUCCGGGGAUUUGUGGCUGGAGCUACUAACAUCCUUUUCCGACAACAGAAGCACCUCAGUGAUGCCAUUGUGGAAGUGGAAGAAGCACUGAUCCAGAUCCACGAUCCAGAACUUAGGAAGCUGCUUAACCCAACCACUGCAGACCUAAGGUUCGCAGAUUACCUAGUAAGGCAUGUGACUGAGAACAGGGAUGAUGUCUUCCUGGAUGGCACAGGCUGGGAGGGAGGUGACGAAUGGAUCCGGGCCCAGUUUGCAGUCUACAUCCAUGCUCUGCUGGCUGCUACGCUGCAGUUAGAUAAUGAAAAGAUGUUAUCAGACUAUGGAACGGCUUUUGUUGCUGCCUGGAAGAAUACUCACAACUACAGGGUAUGGAACAGCAAUAAGCACCCAGCACUUUCAGAGAUAAACCCAAACCAUCCUUUUCAAGGCCAGUACUCCGUGUCAGACAUGAAACUCAGAUUCUCACAUUCUGUUCAGAACAGCGAACGUGGCAAAAAAAUUGGCAAUGUCAUGGUCACAACCAGCCGGAAUGUGGUCCAAACAGGAAAAGCUGUUGGCCAGUCAGUGGGAGGAGCUUUCUCCAGUGCAAAGACAGCUAUGUCCUCAUGGCUCUCUACCUUCACCACCUCUAGCCCUCAGAGUCUGCCUGAGCCACCCAGCGGGAAGCCCUGAGUCCAGCAGAGAAGCCGCUUUGUUCUCCAAGGUGUAAUGCUCCCUCCCCAUCUGCUGCUCCCAGGGUCUCCUCUAUCUACAGGUCCAGACCCAGGGACCAAGAUGACGAACUGUUUACAUGGACGGUUGCACUCUGUCUAAAUGAAUGUUGCAGGAUGCUGAACAGAUGAAAUCACAACCAUAGAAGGAAUAGCUUUCCAGGUUGGGGGUUAAAUUGACUACUUUGACUUCAUUCUGAGCCUAAUUAAUGUACACAAUGAACCUUCUAGUGAAUUUUAAGUUUGAGAUUGUACAUUUGUUUACUUAGAAUUUUUACAUAUGUAUAUUUUGUUCUAUUUGCUGUUUAAAUAUUUAGAUGGUCAUUGUAAUUUAUAUUGACUCAAAUUAAGUUAUAUCACUAUUUUACUUUCUCUGAAGUUAGCCCUAAAAUGUACUUGUAAAGUGUAAGGACUAUGCAUUCCAGCCUAUUUUUACUUUGCUGAGUUCUAGGGUGAACUUUUGUGGGGGCAGGGCAUGGAGAGGCCUCUACCCACUCAGUACAUUUACCAGCUCAUUUCUUCCCAGAGCUGCGAAAGUCACGAGGGGAAAACUGAGAAUAAGACAUCAUUUCAGAUGCAUUUCUUUCUGACAAAGUUGAUGUGAGGCAGCAAAGAUGCCACUCUGUGUCCCUUGUCCUGGCAGUGACUGCAGGGAAAGCAGUGGUGGCUCGGCAGCACUGAAGGCUUGGCACGUGUCUGUAGGACAGUGUUUUAGUGACCCACAUGCUGGCAUGAUCAGCUCCAGUUAUGUUGCAGAGGCUUUGUUCUUGUUUUUGUUUGUUUGCUUGUUUUUGUUUUGUUUUGUUUUGAGACAGGGCUUCUUUGUAUAACAGUCCUGGCUGUCCUGGAUCUCACUCUGUAGACCAGGCUGACCUUGAACUCACCAAGAUCCUCCUGCCUCUGCCUCCCAAGUGCUAGGAUUAAAGGCGUGCGCCACCACUGCCCGGCUAUGUUUCAGUCAUGAUCAGCACUUUGUUACCUGAAAAUGUGUGCCUUGUUUCUUCUUGUGAAUGGUUGUCCAUUGGCUCUGGACAGAUCUGCAGGCCUUCUCUUAGUCUUACUCUGCAUUGAGCCUUUCAAAACUGGGCUUUCCUACUUCCCUGACUGAAAGUCCUCCUUUAGUCAGUUCUACCACCUUCAAAAGAAAAACAAAGUGACUGAUAAAUGUUUGUAAACCACAGCUUAGCUCAUAUUUAGAAAACCAAGAAAGUGGGCCAAGGAAAGGAUUUAGUGAGUAAUGUGCAAGCCUGCCGACCUGAGUUCAAAUCCCUGGAACCCACAUAAAAAGCCUCAUCUAUAAUCCCAAUGUUCCUACAGUAAGAUGGGAAGCAGAGUCAGGAGAAUCUUCUGGAACCUCACAAGCCAGCUAGCCUGAAGUGUGUAGUGAAUUGGCAGAAACAAGAGAGACCCUGCCUCAAAAAAAGGUGGAAGGCAAGAACCAACUCUUGAAAAUUGUCCUCUGACCUCCGUGUGGGCAGUGUGUCAUGUCCAUGCUUAUACACACACACUCAAAUGAUAGAAUGUAAGAAGGAAGAGAAUGAGCCCACACCCAUGCCAUGAGUCACUUGUGUGGUAAAGUCCAGCUGGUUUCUUGUUACCACAGGCAUGAAUUGGCCAACCUCAUUAUUUGUACACAGCUGGAGUUCAUGUAUUUGUUAUUUCUAACUGUCAUUUGCUUUUCAGGGGAUCCUUAAUGGGUGUUCUCAGGGACUACUUAUGGAGAACAGUCUGCCUUUUUAGUAACAAGAGACUUGUGGAAUAACCAUUACAUCUACAUAUGAUUUAACAAGCAUUGGGAAAAUAAGGGGCCUAAUUUAGGACACUGAUUUUAUUUCAUUUAUCCCUUAUGAGAUGCCCUAAAGACUAUGAAAACAACAUAGGGCAUAAUCUGGUAUCUCUAAAACUUGCCAUUUGGAUUUCACACAAAAUACAAACUACUCCCAGUUGAGCAUAAUAACUUGAGAGAAAUCCAGUAACAAUAAAUUGAUUAAUGGGAGGUAAAUAAAUUGAUGAAUGGGAGAACACUGUUAAUUUGCUUCAGCCAGGUAAUAUUUGAAAAGAGAAGUAAAGCCACACAAAACUGAAAGACACUUUAAUCAGUGUUGUGCUGGCACUGUUGGGAUUCUUAGAUACCAUUCAUGUGGCUGCAGCGUGACAAUGUACCUGUGGUAGUUGACAUUGCCAGGAGCCCUUAACCUGUUUAGCCACUAAGAUAGUGAUUCAUUCUUUAGUUUGCACCAGGUUUGUAUGACUGGGUAAAUACCUGCUGUCAUGUAAACAAAAGCAACACAUCACUCACCUUGGAAUAUACUUGAGGAAAAAAGUUAAAUGAAAUUUAAUGCUGCUUUUGUAUCACAUUCCCCAUUUGAGUACGUGUGUGGGUCCCCCUGCAUAGGAUCUCACAGUCUUCCUACGCAGGUCUCUAAAUUCCAUCCUCCUGCCUCUGUCUCCCAAAUAACUGCAGUUAGAGGAGCUUACCACUCUGCCAGGCUUAAGUGUAUAUUUUAAUUGAAUCUUCUCUUAAUGUAAAUUAAAACUUAAAUCUUAAAAUGGCCACUUAACUGGCUUUCAGCAUAAAAUAACUUUUCUUGAAAUAUAAAACAUCUUUAAAUUGUCAAAGACCAUAUGCCUACUUCCUUCAGGUUCAGGGAAACAUUGACUUUUCAAGGGCCAGGGGCCCUUUUGUUGUUGGCAGGGGCACCACUGCAGCCAUUGUCGUGGAGAACAGAGAUACAGCCUCACCCAGGGAGCCUGCACACUGUUCUAGGCACCAGUGAGAGUCUAACUGAUGAGUAGUCUCCAAACACUGGCACGGUAGCCCUGGAACCCACACCAGGCCUUUUGACUCUUGUCAGCAGAGGUGUGGCUGUUGGAUGUUUUAGUGUCUAAGAACUGAGUGUUUAUAACUAGUCCUGAGGGAGCGAAAGUCAACCAACAUUUUUCAGGUUUGUAGGAUACAGACAUUGGCGGUAGCUGCACUGCUCUCUGGGUGGUUUUGAGGAAGCCCAUUACAUCCUAGCUCGAUGACAGUGACAUUGUUAGUAAGGGAGAGAAGGAAAGCUGUGAGUCUGUGGACUAGAUGAGUAGAAAUUCUGAAGCUGCAUGUAACAGAGGUGCAGAGCAAUUUUAUGUGUAUAUUUGAUUCAUAACCAAUAUGAAUUGUCCAUCCCCAAAUCCAUUCGUGAGUCACUAGCUCCCAAGCCUGAAAGCAAUUCUCUUCUUUUGAAUUAAGAAAUAGCAGGGACUUUCUUGAGCAGCAGUGGCUUUCUUGAGCACAGGACAGACUUCCUCACCCCUGUUGCUUUCCAGGUUCUGUACUAAGCAGUUACUGUUUUUUAGAAUAGCUUUCCUUAGAAAUACAAGGAGAAAACAAAAAGGUGUUAGAUGGCUGGAGAACAGGGCACUUAAAGUCUGAAUGAGAGUAUUUUGACAUCAGUAUUUAACCUACUUCAGGUAUGAAUUCUUUAGAGAGAAGUUAGAAUUGUAAUCAGCUAUUUACAUUUCUAAGUGAAGCUGUAACAUUCUUUUCCUGGUAGGCAGGUUUUAUUGAAGUGCUAUAUUCCAUGGAGAAAAUUUUGUAGGUAUAAACAGCCAGUGGCCCCUUUCCCUCCCAUGUUGAUAAGUUUGGAAAUCUGCAGGCCAGCAUUCAGAUCUAUACCCACAGGCAAAUGUCUGCUGCAGCCUCCACAGAGGACAGCCUGCUGGGGCAGAAGCUGCUGGCUCUUCACCAGCCUGUUAGUGUAUUGGGGCAUCACUUGGGAUUCCUGAUGUGGCAACAUUUGCACACUCUGGUUCUGUCAUGAAAAAUGGCCCAGCAUUCAUGGCUUUCCACGCCAUCUCUUGGUAGCCUUUAACUGUGACAGAAUACUCCCCGAAUCACUUGAAGAUGACCGUCAUUCCUUACAACGUAAUGUGUUGCUAGGACUUUCUCAUUCCAAGUCUUCUGACUUCAUUGCUUUGGAAUUGCUUUUCCAUAAUUUCCAAUAUUUCACAAACUUUUUUCAGAGAGACAAAAGGAUGUGCAUCUUUAUUUUUUCAUAUAAAAUAACUUCAUAAAAAUGACUUCCUGCUUACAUUAUGAAGAAGAAACUGGCUUCCUUGUAUGGUAUAAUACUCCAAAAUUAAAAGGUUGUGCAUGUCUAAGGGGUUGGGUAUAUUUUGUAAAACUCUAAAUACAUUUGUAUUUCUGUGCUGUUCAGAAAUUAACCUUUUUACUUAUACUAAAGAUAUAGAAAACUAUAUAUUUAAAUCAUGUAAAUGGAACACAAUUUAAAGGGAUUUCCAAUCUUAUUUCUCAUCAACCUUCUCACACACAUAGUUUGCUGCUCAAGUUUGUUUUGUGUGCAAUAUAAACAUUUGAACAUUUCAAGUUAGGUACUGAGCCAGAAAAGGUCAUUGAAGUUUUCAGAAAACUGUGCUUAGAAAAUAUUUUAUUUUCUUGAAAUACUGUUCUUUUAUAGCUGGAAAAACAAGAUUAAGCAUUAUGUGUUUCAGUCCACUUGAUCAUCAGUUUCUAAAUUUAGGAAGCAUUGAUCAAUGACUUGGUGAAGGCACUUAGUGGUUGGAAAGUAGUUUCUAAGGAAGUUUAGCACAUAUUUUAUGAGAAAUGCCUUCCCUUUCCUCUAGUAGUUUUGUAGUUUGUGCUGGUUCAUUUCUGUUGUCAUUUGUUUCUUAAAGAAUAUUCAAGUUAUAAAUCAUGUCUAAUCAUGCUGAACUGUAGUGAUUCUAUUGUACCUUUAUUUUAAGCAAAACCUGAUAAUAAAAUUAUCCUGUUUCUCUUGCA